CACUAUUGUUUUUCAUAAUACUUUUGGUCAUUUCAUACCCACAUCCACCCACACCCACACCCACCGAGCUAUUCCUACGAACGAUGGUAUUCAGGUAACGUUUAAAAAUAAGAUCUCUCAGAUAUCAUAGAGAAAGCCGUAGUGAAUACAGUUUUGUACUUAAUUUGCUAGAUUGUUUCAUAGUUAAUCCAAUGUUCGAUUCUUUGAACGUUUGACAUUAUUAAAUCAAAUAUUAUGGGGGUAUCUCUGAGUUAUUGUUAGUUACUAAAAUGAUGUUGCCGAAUUUGGAUAAAUUUCUCCGUUACUUGUUUAUUUUAUUUUAGGGCUUCACGAAACUAGUGGUUGUCUUAAUAUUACACGUUGUAUAUCACCAGAAAAUUCUGUAAUUCUUUAUCCAACUUAUCACAUUACAUGGAAUAAUAAUGAACUUGAACUAAUAUGGUCAUGGUUCCAUUUACUACAAGGUUAUUGUCAGCAACCGUCAGAAAGAUCGGAUUUCUCUUUUAAUACUCUUGUUGAGGAACCAUUGUCAGCCACUAAAUUGAUAACGAUGGUAAAUAAUCGAGAGCAGUUAACCCCGUAUGUUAUUGAUAGUUUAAAGCGUUAUAAUUCGAUAAAUGAUAUUCAUGAAAUUUUACCACAAUGUACGUAUGAAAUGACCAAAAGUAUUAUGAAAAACAAUAGUGAACUAUGUGAUUCGUUUAUGAAUAUGAUUGAAUACAUAACAACACGUGUACUGCUAGUAACAACAAUUGAAAGUAUGUCAUAUGAUAGUCAGCGACAUUUAAGUAAUUUUAUUAAACGUAACGAUUUAUCGAUUCCAUUUUCUUACUAUGUGCCGGAUAAUAUAACUAACAAAGUGGUUUAUAAAAUUAAUUUUAAUUGCAUUUAUGAACCAUUGUGCUUAACAACAAAUCACCUAUAUAUACAAAUGGGAAGUGAUUCAACGUUGAUGAUGGGUAAAACAAGCCUUUUACCUUAUAUAUUUACAGACAAACGAAAACAGUCUUUAUCAACGAAUGUCAGUGAUGUCAUAUAUCGUAAUUCAUGUAUUGAUGUUUUAUUUAGCAAAGUACGAUCGGCGUCAUUAAAACAACAGACUCCUGCUCCGACUGUAUCCUAUGCUAUAUUUGAUGUACAUGGGCAAGUUACUAAAGAGACUAACUUAUUAUUAAUUAUAUCGACUCAGUUGUAUGCCUCUGUACAACUACUAUAUAUUACACAAGAUGAUUUUCCGGCUAGCAGUAGUAAUGAAAAUAAUGAUAAAGAUGAUUUUCUUUCUCGUACCAUGAAUUAUUCAUCAGCAUCAUCAUCUAUCAUAUCAACUGUUGUCGUUAUUUUUGAUAAAAAUUAUGAUAAUGAAAUGAAAACUGAACAACUAAUAAACCUAUUCAAAGAACAUUAUGCUAAAUAUAAAUGGCCGAAUAUUUAUUGGACAACAGCACCACCACUCAAUAGUGGAUCACUUCAAGGCGUUAGUGAGUUUAAACGCAAAUGUCGUGCACGACGCUUAUUACAACAAUUUUCUAAUAUAUUUGAUGCUAUACAUAGUAAAGCACAAGAACAACAACAAAUUCCAUUUCGUUCAUGUUUUUCUAUUCAAUUGAUGUUUUUUCCAUUAACUGGAGAUCAACAUAUAGAUUAUCAACGACUGAAAAAAAAUCAUAUUAAAUUUGAAACUGAAAAUCAAUUGCACGAAUUAUUUGGAAAACUAUCCGACCAUACAGAUAAUUUAAAAAUAGUGACGCCCAUCAGUUAUUAUCAAUCGGAAUUGAAUCAUAUUAAAAAAAAAUUGAAUGAUAUGUCCACUACAUCAGAGGUCAGAGAUCAAUUAACUAAAAGUUUGUUAAAAUUGAGAGAUGAAAAACGAAAAAAUAGUGAACUGAAUGUGUAUCAUCAAUUUAUGAUUAGUUUAAUCAAUAAUUGCACGUAUAUGGAUUUACUGAUAACAGAAGUUUAUUUAGAAAUAUGGAGAACAAAGUAUGUUCCAAAUUUAAAAGAUGAACGCGAACGUGCGAAAGAAGAAAAAAAUGAACACUUGAAAAUGUUACAUAAACAACAAGAUUUAGUAUUACAUAAUGGUAAUAAUCAUGAAGAUGUCAAUGAGUUAAAAUUAUUAAAUGAGAAAAUUGAUAAAAUUAAGAAACAGCUCAUUGAAAUUGAUAAUAAGCUAGCAAACGUAGAUUUAACCAUUGGACUUAUGUGUGAUGAAUUAUUUGCGCUUUAUGAAUAUUACUCAAGUGAUGCGCCACCAUCAUCAAAGAUACUAGAUUUUCGAUUAGUAUUUGAUACUCUAGCGAAAAAUAUUGCGAAUUUAGUCUACAAAGGUUUUGCUAUUCAUGUUCUACGCCAUCGUCCACUUAUUUUUCAUUCGUGUUUAAUGGAAUUAACUAUUAAACAAUUACAUAAAGCGCAUUCAGAUGGUCCAUUGGUCGUUUUAACUGUAGUAGGCGAACAAUCAUCUGCUAAAUCAUCCUUGUUAAAUGCUACAUUUGGUUCAAAUUUUCGUGUCAGUUCAGGACGAUGCACCAUUGGUAUUUAUCUUGGUAAGAUUGGAAAUAGAUUCUCCUUAAUAUCAACCUCUAUCUUUUCUAAAAGUAGUGAGACACAUGAAGUAGAGAGAUUCAUGGAGUCAAAUCUUACAGUUCCAAAGUCGACUGCAACUCUGAAAACUUUUGCUUGUUGAUAUUGCCCUCAAUAUACUGAAUCUUUUUAAAUUACCAGCGGGUGACAUCUAAUUUAAUUUAAUUCUCAAACAUGAAGAAAUGACUGGAUAAAUCUAUCAGUAAAAGACAAACAACUGAAAGAUAAAUGAAUUUUAAAUUUUUUCUUCUCGUAGCGUUCACUAGAAUGGUACAACAAGGAUAUGAAUCUGUCUAUGACUGUGGAUAUUUAUUGGUGUUGGUGCUCUUCAUGAGCACUUACACUCAAACUUGCACCUUUUUACCAAAUCUUCGUGUCUUCAGUAGUAUUGUAAUCAAGAUUUGUUCAAUAUGUUUUCGUGAGGUUUCAUUACGCUGGAAAACAGCUGUUCAUAUCGUUAAUUUGCUGUGUUAACAUGCGAAGAACAAUGUUGCUAGUAUCUGAAAAAGUAAAGAUUUAUUGAAGGUUGUGCUAUAAUCCGUAGUCUGAAUAAGUUUCUUUUUCCAGUGACUCCGAUAGAGACGGUGCCAGAAUCUGUUUUCAGAGUGCUUUACAAAUCUCUAAUGAAGCAUCUUAACGAAUCGGUCACGGUAAAACUUCUAAUUGAAUCAUUUAGUGUAGAAUUACGUGUCUAAUAAGUGAAACUCAUAGUGAAAAAUUAUGAUUGUAUUUUACAGUUCGACUAUUUUAACUAGUGUUAAUAUUAAUUUACUUCGGUAUCUAUA